CUCCCGCACCCACCUCCCGGCCCCAGGCACACUGCAGCUCGGCGCGGUCUCUCCAGACGCGGAGAGGUAGCUGCAAACUCACGGGCACGCACGGCGCUCGCAGAGCCGAGGGACUCGGGGGAGGGGAAGCGCGAAAGGCGCUGGCAACCACCCUCCGAGCUUGGAGACACCCGGGGCCCAGAACAGGGGAGAGCCCUGGCGGCGGCGGCUUCCCUUUUCUCUCCCAGCUGAGCUCUGGAGAGACUCGGGGACUGGCCCUAAAAAAGAGCAGGAAAUCUUGUUUACCGCCCGGGGAGAGGAGACCAGCGAGCCUUUGUUUGGAAAGUCAGCAUCGCCGGCUCUUGAGGCAAUGUGUUCCUGGUGACAUUAGCCCAGGGUAGACGGGUCGAAGGAAAAAGAGGCUCGCAAGGUUCAGCUUUGCUUUCGGACGAGGAUCGAGAGGGUGACUUUUGUGCAUUUGUUUGAAUUUGUGGAAAUCUUUUUUCCCCUCCCUCUUGCCUCUCUUGCCCGCUGCCGGGCAUGUCCUGAUCUGGUGGCCGCGCCUACCAGCCCGGGGCUACCGAUUCGAGCUGUCUCCCGCGGGUCUCCCUCCCCUCAAUCCCUGACUUUGCAAUACCGGGAGGGCUGAUCUCCGCGAGGAAGGAGGCGGGGGAGUCACAGACACCGGGACUCGAAGCUUGACAUGUUCCAGGGCGGACUGGAGGCAGCCAGGAGCUGAGCGCACCGCCGGGGCUGCUUCGCUCGCCGGCUCCCAGUGCCCUUGCUUUCCGCUGGGCGCCAACCUUGCUCAUCUGUUGGGACGCCCCCUUCUUCCCCGGGGCCCGCGGCCGGCAGGACCAUGCUGCUGAAGGAGUACCGAAUCUGCAUGCCGCUCACCGUGGACGAGUACAAAAUCGGACAGCUGUAUAUGAUCAGCAAGCACAGUCAUGAGCAGAGUGACCGGGGCGAAGGAGUGGAGGUCGUGCAGAACGAGCCCUUCGAGGACCCUCACCACGGCAAUGGGCAGUUCACUGAGAAGCGAGUGUAUCUCAACAGCAAACUGCCUAGCUGGGCUAGAGCUGUUGUUCCCAAAAUAUUUUAUGUGACUGAGAAGGCUUGGAAUUAUUACCCCUAUACAAUCACAGAAUACACAUGCUCCUUCCUGCCGAAAUUCUCCAUCCACAUAGAAACCAAGUACGAAGACAACAAAGGCAGCAACGACAGCAUUUUUGACAGUGAAGCCAAAGACCUGGAAAGGGAAGUGUGCUUUAUCGAUAUCGCCUGUGACGAAAUUCCAGAGCGCUACUACAAAGAGUCUGAGGAUCCUAAACACUUCAAGUCUGAGAAGACAGGCCGGGGGCAGCUGAGAGAAGGCUGGCGGGAUAGCCAUCAACCCAUCAUGUGCUCCUACAAGCUGGUGACUGUCAAGUUCGAGGUGUGGGGCCUUCAGACCCGAGUGGAGCAAUUUGUGCACAAGGUGGUCCGAGACAUCCUGCUGAUUGGACACAGACAGGCCUUUGCGUGGGUCGAUGAGUGGUACGAUAUGACAAUGGAUGAUGUUCGGGAAUACGAGAAAAACAUGCAUGAACAAACCAACAUAAAAGUUUGCAAUCAGCACUCCUCCACUGUGGAUGACAUAGAGGGCCAUGCGCAGACCAGUACAUGACAAUGGACGAAGUGCGAGAAUUCGAACGAGCCACUCAGGAAGCCACCAACAAGAAAAUCGGCGUUUUCCCACCCGCCAUUUCCAUCUCCAGCAUUGCCCUGCUGCCUUCCUCAGUGCACAGCGCCCCAUCCAGCGCCCCGUCCACCCCUCUUUCCACAGAUGCGCCAGAAUUCCUGUCCAUUCCCAAAGACCGGCCCCGGAAAAAAUCUGCUCCAGAGACACUCACACUUCCGGAUCCCGAGAAAAAAACCACCCUGAAUUUACCUGGUGUCCACUCUUCUGAAAAGCCAUGUCGGCCCAAGUCAGAGUAACUUCAUGUGAACAUCCCAUUGGGUUUUGUAUUUUCAUUUGAGGCUUUUUUUUUUUAAGAAUUCUCUGAUAGAGGAAAGGACUGCCUCGUCACUCAGAUGUCCUUUGAUUUCAGAGUGUGCAUGUGGUUAAAUAUUUUAACAGAUAGCAAGAACCCCUACAUGUGCCACACAGCAUCAUAGUGAACAUGAGAUGUAAGACUAGGAAAAAUAAAACAGGAGGGUGCUGAGGACAGAACUUAGCCAGGAAAGGGCUGCAGGAGCUUGCACGAAGCCCUACGUUCCAUCCCCGGCGUGGUUAGCUAGACGAGAGGCUCAGAAGAUCAGGGUUAACCUCAGUUAUAUAAAAAAUUAUAUGACACCCUGAAUCAAAAACAAUCAAACAAAAACCCCACAGCAUCUAUAGAUUUAUGUGUGGGGGCCCUGGCGAGUCUGACGUGGGCUUCAAUGAUAACCAGGUGAAUGGAUGGAAAGCCGUGAAGCCGGUUUUGUUGAUUUUUUGUUUUGUUUUGUUUUGUUUUUAUGUUUGUAAGAUGUGGUAAAAUAAUGAAGUCAAUUUCCUCCCAUCAAACAUGAAAUUCUCAACAACAAAAAAGAAAAUACUCUCAGGUGUCACUCGCCUAAUAGAUAAAUUUUGGACUGCUGACCACCAAUACUUGAAUGCCAAUUGUUUUCAAUAUUCCUGUUUUGAUUAGUCUGACUCAGGAUUUGGGGCCUAAUCAACUCCUUAAAUUUUUGAAAAUUUUAAUGACCAAUUUCUAGAGGCUCCAAGUGCAAUUAAACAAUGACUUCUUUAUACCUUUUCAUAGAAUUUAAUAAAGAUCCCAUCUGUUCCCGUCUCUUAGUAAUUUCCCCUUUUGUACCCUGGUGGCCUCUCAAAUUUUUAGACUUGCCUGGAUGACUGUGAUCAUAGCUGAUAUAAUGUGGAAUGAUCUGGAAACUGAGAGCCCCAGGUGAGACAAACACCUCCUCUUCAGGUACCAAUGAAGCUUGACCUUUGGCCUGUGAGUGUCCAUCAUCCAUUUCCUCAGAAAUUUCAGUGAACUAAAAAGAAUUCAUUGACAAUCUCCCACUUGAGGAAGUUCAGAGUGGACUAAGUUACCUGGGCUUAACCACUGUCAGAAUGUCCGGUGUCCAAACCUUGCAAAAAAAGAAUCCUCCCCACCCGGUUAAAAGUGCUUAGUAACACCCAGACAUACAUGGAAUGGGAUGCCGAUCACCAGGUUUAGAAAACAUUCUCUUACUCCUUCCUUACAAUCCAAAUAUUGGGGGCUGGGGUGUAGCUCAAUGGUAGAGUUCUUGCAUAGCAUGCAGACGGCCCUGGGCUCCCUCCCCAACCCUGCGAAAAGGAAACAGUGCAAUUGGCAAUGUCUGGGGGAGCCAGUAGACACAGUCACCUGGGGACCUUGUCUCCAUGAUUGGAAUCACCGAGUCCUAUUCGUACAGAGGCGCGGUCAUAAAUGCCCCCUUUGUCCUGAUCUCACUGCUGAGAGACGGUGAAAUGGACGUCAGAGUCCAGGCUGGCAAGGUCAUUCGUCAAAGUGGCAGGGAGAAAUCUGUCACAGUUGCCCCUCACUGCCUUUAAACCCACAAGGAAGGCAAGCAGAAUGUCAGCGGUGAACAAGAGGGCUGGGGAGCUCCAGAGCCCAUGUCCUAGCUGUCCUUUCUGACUGUGACCUCCAACCUCAGGCAAGAAAAUAACCCCCAACACAGAUCCCAAAGGAAAGUAAACAGACCGAGGAGUGUAUUCUCCUUCCCUGCCCGCACCCUGUCUUGAGUGCUCCGCACUCCAGUGUCUCUCGGGGCCACGCCCUCUCCCCAAGGCACAGGUGCUGGCCCCUUGAGCCCAGCACUGGAGUGCUGAGUGUGCCUAGAUCAUUUAUCAGUAGAUGGAUAUUGCGCCCAGUACUCAAAAGAAAACUGCAAAUAGCUCUGCGCACCAGUUUAUCUUUCCCUUAAGGGAGCCGUGCCGUAGUAGGGUGCCCUUCCUUGCAUGGUAGAGAAGCAUGAAUCUCGCUUGUGGGAAGUCGUCAUCUUUCCUCGAACCCUUUGGACUUCUCAGCGGCUUCCUCUCCGAGUGGCUGUACUCAGUGAGAAUGUCUGGCUUUAAAAAGCAAAAUUCCCCUUUCAGAAGACACAGAGUCUAUGUAUCUGCUCCCCGUUUGCAAGCUGAAAUCGGGCUGGGGUGGGCUCAUUGGUUUUCGUAUGGUACAAAUUGGUUUCGUGCAGUGGUUAGCCCAUCUGGCGCCGAGGUUCUGUGUCAGUACCAUGCCACGUUCCCUUUUCUAUGCCAGCUUUUGUUGUCAAGGUCAGCAGUCUGGUUCACUUUGAAAAGCUACUUUCUGAUUCCCUUUUUGUGGGUUUUCUUUCCUUUAUAGUCAGCCCAACACCUUUGUCACCAAUUGCGGCGCUAACCUCUGAUAAUGUAAUUCUUAACCAGCACGCGUGUGUUCAGCUUUUCUGCCUACGUGUGGUUUGCCUGUGCCACAAAUAAGGAAGGGGUGGGAGUCUGGAUAUUUCAUUAGCUGCUUUGAAUAUGUAAUCCCGUCAUCACAAAGCAUACCUGACUUCUAUAUUUUCUGAAUCUUGAUUUUCCAAGUAUCUUUUCGCUCUGUCUUGACACGAGUCCGCUCCUGUGGGAUAGAAGCCCGCGAUGAAUGUGUACAUAGGAAUAACUCUUGUGAGGAUGGAAACAAAAUGGCUGCAUGAUGGAAAUUUGGGAAGACAAAAAAAAUAUAGCAGAAACUUGAAUUUACUAAGCAUGUUUGAGGGGGAAAUAGAGUCCUUAACUCAGUGCCUCUGUCUGCCAUGUGAAAACCUCCAACUUUGUUCACCAAAACUGUAUUAUACCUGUACAUAUAUAUACAUAGACAAAAUGCAGUAUAGUGAGCUCCGCACCACAGUUCUAAGUCUCCGGUAGCCAAACUGAAGGAAGUAACCCAUAGGAUAGUACCUAUGUUUACCCUCUUCAUCUCCGAUGUUGGUGGAUGCUACUAAAAUGGCCAUACAUGUCUUUACUCCAGGUGGCUUUCGGAUAGGCAAUACCCUUGAGCUCUAGGCGUGGUACAGCACUGUCGCUUUGUCCGGGCUUUUCCUGGCUCAAGGAGGCUUUGCGGUGUCUUAUUGCAUAAGGUCUGUCUGAAGCUGCGUCUGAAGAGCAUUUCCUCUCGGGCUGCAGUCAGAGAACGCAAAACGAAGAACUGAGAGAGAGAGGAGAAGCCGCGACAUUGUCGGUGGCCACUUUGUUGCUGGGUCUGUUUGUAAAGUCCUCGCAUCGAUGUGGGGAAUUGUUUUAAUUUAUUUACAGGUGUGCGUCAGCGUGUUCUGGGGCGUGGAAAUAAGUUAGCUCAACUGUGGGUGAAUGGACGCAAACACAAAAUGAACACACACACACACAAGCAACGGCUGUCAGAAUGGCUCAGAGGGCUGGAAGCACUUGCCACCAAGCCUGACCACCUGAGUUCAAGCCCCAGGUCGCACAUGAAAGAAAACUAAUUCUCGUAAAUUGUCCUCUAACCGCUACAUACAGUGGUGUGCACACACACACACGCACGCACACACACACGCACGCACACACACAUGCAUGCGCACACACACACGCACACACACAGAUAUAAUUUUAAUGAUACCCCUACAAGUACUCAUGUCGCUUUUUUUCACAGCCUGCAAUGAACUGUAAACUAAGAGACAUCUUGAUAAAAACCCAUUUGAAUGAAAUUUCCAGGCUAAGGUGUUUCUGAGUGCUUUGAAAUCCCACCUCCUUCAGUAUCUCUGCGCUGCUCAGAGGUGACAGACCCCAGGCUGCCAGCUGGCUUAGGUCGAUAGGAAUUUCCUUUUUGAAAAAGGCUGGCAUAGGGUUGACUAUCCUGUCCAUCUGAGCAGAUAAUCCCAGGGAGAGUAGCUAGCUAAAUGGUUUCCGUCCGUUCCCCAUGCUUUGCCGGUCACCCGACUAGGUGGCUAGGUGACAGUAGGCCGUCUGAGCCAUAGUUGCAAUGACAAAAUCCUGGCCUGGGCUAUAAAUUGACAUAAAUAAACUACAUUAAGCUCUUCAUUCUUGGUGAGACACCAUCACGUGGUGUUGACACACAGAUGCGAGACAGCUUGGGUUCUUCUGGGCGCCACCUUCAAAGCAGUCCGUGUCUGCUGUCUAACUGCUCAAGCUUCGCGGGAUGUCGUGCCGUGAAAGGAGGAAUUCGUGGAGGACGUUAGAGACAGCACCCCUUAACUGCAACUCCAUGCAGUUAUGCUCACCGUAAGCCUCCCCGCCUUCUUGUUUUUCAAGUUGAAGUGGUGUGUGUAGAAUUUCAAGUCUCCCUUUAGGUUUCUCUGUGUCCCCCAAAGAAAGAGGAGGUUCUCUUGAGUUGGCGUUAUCCAUGUUGCCAUGUAUAUGUCCUUUCCAGUGUAAUUUCAGUGUUUACAUUUUCGAGCUGAGAUCUUGAUUGGCUGACUUACUCUAUAAAAUACCACUGCCACCGCUGAAGGACCAAGUGUUGGAACACAGAGCGUUGCCAGCAAGGCGAGCGGAAGGGACGCGCAUCCGUCUGUGUCAUUCUAUGGCUGUACUGUCGUCUAUGCCCGCCCCCGUUAUUUAUUAUUGUUGAUAGCUUACUUUUUCUUACAUUCUGUUGUAAAUAAAGUACAAAGCAAUCUUCU